CCACUUCUCAGCUACUCAGGCUAAUUCUCAUUACCUGUCUUCCGACUUACCUCAUAACUAUCACUCACAAUGUCUGCACCAGACGACACGAACCUCAGAGCCCUACUCCUUCUUUCUAAGGAGAGCUUUUUGGCACGUGCUCGCGAAAGCCUUCUCAGAGAUUUGACCGAUAAUGAACUGGCCGAGUUAGUCGCGCAAAUGAUCAGCCGAGACAAGCCGCGAGGUGAUCUAGAAGAGAUCGCACGCAUGAUGCUAGAUGUCCUUGCAAGGCGUGAUGCCCAGAAUGAUGACCUCCUCGGCCUCGCUACGAAAGACGACACCGCGGCCGCAACAAGCGAUGCAUACAAUGAAGUCAGAAAUCCAUCAGGUACACAAACGGCAACCAACCCUGGCGGUGUCUCAGAUGUAUCACAAGAAACAUCUCACAGUCCUCUGCCGAUGCUCAAGCGACCCGCUGGCGAGCGAUCCCCUUCCACCGUCGAAGAGACCGCAAGUACAAAGCGUGCAAAGCAUGGAGAUGAAAACACGGCAUCUUCACUUCGCACUUGGAACCGCGAACAGAUAGCUGGAAAGACGGUACAAGUCACCGCAGUUUUGUACUGGAAUCCUCUCGAGCAGCGCUACUUCAAGCUAGCUCUUGAUGAUGCCGAGGACCCUUUAGCCAACUUCAUCGCCAACGACUUGGAUGUUGAAUAUCUCUCUGAGUCAGACCAUAUCGACGCAUGGAGAGAUCUGUUAAUGAAUCCACAAUACUACAUCAAAAAGCGAUGGUGCGUCGGCCGGGCUCUUAAUGAGAAAGAGGAAAAAUUCUUAGGUAAGGAUACCAUCUGUGUCCACCUGGUCUAUUUCGGAGGAUUAGCUAAGCUUGUCUUCUUUCCCUUGCCAUCCCGACUACAGUGGGUUGAAGAACUAGACGAAAUGAGUUUCUGGACGCUGUCGUCAAGAUACGAUUAG